AUAAGUGAUGAAUAUGAGGAGUUCAAACCAGCGGAAUGGAUCACACAUUCUGUUAUUUUUCUGAUUCCAUUCCAACUAGUUCUCUACCUAAAGGUUGGUAAUGUCAAGAAAGGGAAAUCUUUCCUUGCCACGUUAGAGAUGCACAAAUUAUCAAGUGUUUAUGGUGUCACGGUGCCUUCUCCUGGUGCCAUUGCUCAAUUCAGAAAUUGUAGCUAG